CGAGCGAUUGCAUACGACCACAGUCACGCAAUCUAUCACGAGACAUUCCUUUCCACCAUUGUUACGUUGCCCCUCGCUGGCAUAUCAAUAGAGCAGAUCAACCCGAACGACCGGUUGCGAAUCAUCAAGACUCACUGCAUAAACACUGCCUGCCGAUGCGCGCUGCUACACUGGUCCAGACCUUGAUUAUCACCGAGCUUCAUGACGACAACGGUCCAACCAUACCUUCCGGAGGAAAUACUACAACUCGUACUCCAAUCCGGAUAGAAGGUUGCUAUAUUUCGACUAUCAAACUGCUCGUACGGUCAUUGAUAUACUCGCCUAUGCUGGCUGACCACGUGCGAGAGCUGUACUUCGGAGAAGACACACCCUUGCUUGCGGACCUGGACUCGGACGGCGAGGAGCUCGAGGACCAUGGAGUAGAAGUAGAGGCCAUUGAGAACUACGCUGAGGCGGUCAAUGCUUCUACAUCAUUGAGUCAAGAGAUUCGAGAGUUGGUCACCAAUGGCCUCGCUGAGGGAGAGCAACCCGCGAACAUGGCUAUGCUGCUCAUUGCCUGUCGCAAGUUAGAGGUCUUGGAGGUCGAGCUGCUGCCUGGUUGGAACGAGUUGAUCGUUGGAAGUGUCCUGGACUCAGCUGGGAGGGAUCCAAUGGCAUCGAGCGAGUCCAACGAAGCUCUGCCUCUGUCCCGCCUCAGGGAGCUGACUGUCCGAUGUGGACAGGAGACUGCAUUUCUGAAAAUGUCCGAGCUUCAAUGGCUGAUCCAUAUCGGUCAAUUGGAGACAUUUCGAGGCAAUAGGUUGGAGAUCAUCCAAGCAGCUGACGAAGGUGCCUAUGGUGAGCCUUGUCAUAUCAAGCAUCUCCGUCUCACAGACUCGGCCUGCGAUGGUGAAAGUCUGAGGGAAUUGCUGGCUUGCUGCUCUUCUCUUGAGACACUUCAAUUGGAGUUCGGCCCUGCUUGUCUUGUUUGCUACGGGUGGUUAAGCAGAUCUAUCAUUGAGUUCGGGCAGAACUUGAGAGAGAUCUGCAUCGACAUGUCGACCUUGAGACUAUCGGCAAUAGCGAUCUAUGGCAAGGACGAUCCUGACGACAGAGGCUUUCCAAAUUUCGAGAUCCCGGUCUUGACAGACAUUCUUCCUAUAUCUUUGAGGGUGUUAGAGCUGUUCGAUUGUGCCACGGUGCAGAUGGAGGCAAUGGAGAAGCAGCUGAAUGCAGUGUGGGUGGAUGAUCGAUUCGAGGAUUUAUAUCGCGUUCGGCUGAGGGCGAGAGAGGAUAAGGCGGAAGUUACGUGGGAUCGAGCAGAAGGAAGUCAUUCGGUGUGA